AUGGUCAAUAUUCCGGAUGCGUACGAGGACCAUCGGUUCAACCCCAACAUAGACGAAGACGGUUAUAAGACGCGCUCCAUGCUUUGUAUGCCAAUUAAGGACACGGCAGGUGAAGUCAUUGGAGUUGCUCAGGUGAUCAAUAAACAGCAGGGCCAAGCUUUCACAGUCAACGAUGAGAAGGUGUUCGAAUCCUAUCUCCAGUUCUGUGGCAUCGGCUUGAGAAACGCACAACUUUAUGAAAGAUCCCAACUGGAAGUCAAGAGAAAUCAGGUGCUACUUGAUCUUGCUCGGAUCAUCUUUGAAGAACAGAGUACCAUCGAACAAAUGGUGUACCGUAUCAUGACCCAUACACAGUCACUUCUCCAAUGUGAAAGAGUCCAAAUCCUCCUCGUACACGAGGCAUCUCAGGGAACAUUUUCACGUGUAUUUGACCUGGAGGUGAAGGACCUGGAAGGAGAAGAUGCAGAGAGUCGCACUAGUCCCUUUGAGUCACGCUUCCCCAUCAACAUUGGGAUCACUGGGCAUGUAGCUAUGACUGGAGAGACUGUUUGCAUCAUCGAUGCCUACGAAGAUUCCAAGUUUGAUGCGUCGGUGGAUGAAUUCACAAAUUUCCGACACAAAUCGAUUUUGUGUAUGCCUAUCAAGAACACAGCAGGGAAAAUAGUUGGUGUUGUGCAACUCAUCAAUAAAUUUGAUAACCUACCCUUCACUAAAAAUGACGAAAACUUCUUGGAGGCGUUUGCAAUCUUCUGUGGCAUGGGCAUCCACAAUACACACAUGUAUGAAAAGGCUGUGAUUGCGAUGGCAAAACAAAAAGUGACUCUCGAAGUGUUGAGUUAUCAUGCCACUGCACCUAGAGAAGAUGCAUUUAGACUCAUGAAAGCGAAGGUUCCUUCUGCGCAAGCGCUCAAAUUGUAUGACUUCAAAUUUGAUGACUUUAGUCUAGAUGAUGAUGGAAGUUUGAAGGCUUGCUUGAGAAUGUUCUUAGACUUGGACCUCAUUGGGAGGUUCCACAUCGAGUAUGAAGUUUUGUGUAGAUGGCUACUUAGCGUUAAGAAAAAUUAUCGUAAUGUUACCUACCAUAAUUGGCGCCAUGCUUUCAAUGUUGCCCAGAUGAUGUUUGCCAUAAUCACAACAACACAAUGGUGGAAAAUUCUGGGAGAACUGGAAUGCUUAGCCCUAUUAGUGGCAUGUUUGUGUCAUGAUUUGGACCACCGAGGAACAAAUAAUUCCUUCCAGAUUAAAGCGUCUUCUCCCCUGGCCCAGCUAUACACCACCUCAACCAUGGAGCACCACCAUUUUGAUCAGUGCGUGAUGAUCCUCAAUUCAGCGGGUAAUCAGAUCCUAAGUAACUGUACUCCUGACGAAUAUUCCAGAGUUAUAAAUGUUUUAGAAGAUGCCAUCUUGGCCACUGAUUUGGCUGUUUAUUUCAGAAAGCGAGGUAGCUUCUUCAAUUUGAUAAAUUCACAGCAAAAUGACUUUGGAAAGGAAGAGCAGAGAGAACAGUUACGAGGUAUGAUGAUGACUAUAUGUGAUGUUGCUGCUAUCACAAAACCGUGGCCAAUUCAAAAGCAGGUUGCGGAACUUGUAGCAGGAGAGUUCUUUGAACAGGGUGAUAUAGAAAAGCAAGAAUUAAAAAUAACUCCAAUAGACAUGAUGAAUAGAGAAAAGAAGGAUAAACUUCCAAUGAUGCAAGUUGGUUUCAUAGAUUCCAUAUGUUUACCUGUGUAUGAGGUAAGACAAACGCUUUCAUGCAUUAACAAAUUUAUCAUAAUAUUGGUUGUAAAUUUAUUAUUUCAAGAGGGAGGUAGUACGUUUUAA